CUCUGUACACUUUGUACAAUUCAUCAAGAUAAGAUACCCAUGCCUCACGCAGAGAAGGACAAAAUGGGCCAGCCUACCGUUAAUGGGGAGAAGGUCUAUUCUCAAUUCCUCGAUCAUCUGACUUCAUACCCCGUCAUUCAUGACUCCAUCUCUACCUUUAAAAGCAACAAGUACGGCGCGAAAUCGCUGGAAUACGCUGAUCAGGGCUAUACCCGCUUAGCCAAGCCCUUCUUGCCCUACUUGUCGAAGCCUUAUGGCUAUGUCGCUCCGUAUCUUGCUAGAGCAGACUCACUGGGAGACCAAGGUCUGAGCAGGAUCGACACUAGAUUCCCCUUCAUCAAAGAAGACACAGAAACACUCAAGGACAAUAUCUAUUCCGGUGCCUUCUAUCCAGUGCGGAUUGUUGGCGAUGCAAAGGGUCAUGUCUUCACUGUCUACGGGACCGAGUACAAGAAAUGUGGUGGAGAUGGAGUGGUUGCCCGAGGAAAGGCUGUGAUCACUACUAGUCUCGUCCUGUCGCAAGAGUCAUUGGCUUAUGUCAACACCUUCCUGCAAAGCAAGAAGGAACAAGCCAAAGAGGCUGCGAUCGAAAAGACCAACAGCUAGAUGCUGAAUGUUGAGAAUAUGUUUCAAAGCUGAUGUCAGACUAAAAGAUACAAUUUGUCAAGGCUAUUAGGAAGUCAACAACCUUGCUGGCCGGGUUCUCCUUUCUUCAAUUCUUUUACCUUGAUGUUAAUUCGCCCCUCUGGAUGUGCUAAUUGUCAUCGCAACCUGUGUUUUGGAUACUUUGGCGGCUCCUCCCUCAUUUAUCGUUACUUUUCUUUCCUGUUGCUGGCCGUGUUUCCUUCCUUCAAAGAUACAUCUUUAAAGCUCAAUAAAUCUUAACUAUUUUUAUAUUCUAUAGCUCUACAAUUUUGUGUGUCACC